AUGGCUCAAGGAGAUUAUAUUGAAUUGCAUCGAAAGAGAUUCGGUAGACGUUUCGAUCAUUAUGAAAAACUGCGUAAGAGAACAUCUAGAGAGACACACAAGAAGAGUGCUUUGGCACAAAAGGUAUAUGGUAUCAAGGCCAAGUUGCUGAAUAAGAAGCGUUAUUCAGAGAAGGCCGAGAUGAAGAGAACCAUUGCCAUGCACCAAGAGCGUACCAACAAGAAGGCCACCGACGAGAAGGUCAAGGAAGGUGCCGUUCCAGGUUACCUGUUGGAUCGUGAGGGUGUAUCGCGUGCAAAGGUUCUCUCGAAUAUGGUGAAGGAGAAGCGUAAGGAGAAGGCCGGAAAGUGGGCCGUUCCACUGCCCAAGGUACGUGCCAUCUCCGAGGACGAGAUGUUCAAGGUCGUCAAGACCGGUAAGCGUCAAAAGAAAGCAUGGAAGCGUAUGGUUACUAAAGUUACAUUUGUCGGUGAGGGAUUCACUCGUAAGGCACCGAAAUACGAGCGUUUCAUCCGUCCGACCGGUCUGCGUUUCAAGAAGGCACACGUCACCCAUCCAGAGUUGAAAUCAACAUUCUACCUCGAUAUUCUCGGUGUCAAGAAGAAUCCACAGUCACCGACCUACACACAGCUCGGUGUCAUCACCAAGGGUACCAUCAUCGAAGUCAACGUUUCCGAUCUCGGUUUGGUAACACAAACCGGUAAAGUAGUUUGGGGUAAAUUCGCACAGGUCACAAACAAUCCAGAGAACGAUGGUUGUAUCAAUGCACUAUUACUUGUUUAA